UUUAUUGCAUUUUAUCAUCAAAUCGAAAACCUCACUGAAAAGGACUUAAUAAGAAAUUCAAGUGCGUCAUAAAGACAUGAAAACUGUUCGAGGCUUAUCUAACUCGUUUUAUUAAAAACAGAAAACAGAGUUUAUAAAUCCUUUAGAAUACCAUGGAAAUAAGCAAACUAUUUCUUUUGAAGAAUCUGUACGUGGAGAGAGCAUGUGUUUUUACGAUGGAAGGCAACGAACAGCUGUUCAUAGAGACGAUGGUUCACAUACCCUAAAUACCAUCCAGAGAUGCACAGUCAAACCAAACAGAAGCUGGCAACUAUUUCAAUCACGGGACUUGUCGAUUUCUAUUUUACGGACACAAAAUAUUCAUUGGACGUUUAAUUAAUAUUUCAUCAGAUUCACUUUAAGAAUCGAGGACGAUUCAUUUUCCUUGAUAGGGAGGUAUGUAAUAUAGGUACUUAUUUCAUUUUAGGUCAGUCUUGCGUUUAUGCUGAUGUCUAUCUCGAGCCUUCUUAUUCUGAUGUCUAUCUCAAGCCUAAAAAGCUUAACAACAUUUAUUAUUUUGUCUUAUUAUUGAAUGUGCAAUGAAUUUCACAAAUGCAAAGUUAGAUUCUAGCCGUUCUUUGGAAGUUGCCUGGCAACCUCUAUUAAAGUAUAGGAUAACCUUCGUUUGCAAUAUUAGUUAUUUUCUUUCAAAGCGUUAUGGAGUAAGAUUAGAGCCGGAUACAAGAAAUGACAACCGAAAGUGUAAAGGUAAACUUAAAAACAAAUUGUAGGAAAGAUAUUGACUUCGGAUGCAUGAGCCAUUGAAUUUUUUAGGGAACCGGCAAAGCUGUGCAAAUAGUAAGCGAAAAUCAUGCAAACGAUCUAGGCAGUUGAAAGCAAAAUUUGAGUGUGUGGAUAAAGACAAGAUGUUUUCCUCAUACCAAACUGACAGUUAAUUCGUUAAAUGACUCUGUUGUGGAGAGAUGCAGUUACAAAUGGUUGGCUAGGAAAGUAAUCAGUAGCAUCUCAAUAUAAACUACUCAUGAUAGGAGAUAACGUUGUAACAACUCUACACAUAGCUGUAUCCAUCUCAAGGUCACGGGAACAAAGCAAAGCAAGACGAUAUGGCCAAAAUGAUAAUAAAGUUGCUUAUACUCGUUCUUUCUACAGUUUUCAGUUCAGCGUGGUAUUAUUCACAUCAAGAUGUAGGAGAAGUGAAGAUCGCAGGAAUAUUCAAUGUUCAUCUUAAGGGCAAUCUUGGAAAACGCUGUGGUAUCAUCGAUCCUCAAUACGGAAUUAUGUUUGUCGAAGCCAUGCUAUUCGCGUUAGACCGUAUAAACAAUGAUACUUCAAUACUUCAUGGAUUGAAACUGCGCACGCGGAUUUACGAUACGUGCGGGGACAAGCUCUACUUGCGCAAUAUUCUAGUGCAAGUGGCAAACUACCAUUCUCAAGGCGUUGUAGGCCCCCAAUAUUCGGACGAUGCAAUAACAACCGCAACGAUUAUGAACAUCUUCGGUAAAAAUACCAUCAGCUACGCUGCAACAAGCCCGGAUUUAGAAAACCGCAUCCGGCAUGGCUAUUUUUACCGUACGGUACCAUCAGAUUACAACGCUGUGAAGCUUUUGGUGAGUCUGGCGUUGAAAUUCAAAUGGAAUUACAUUGCACUUAUCAGUUCAGAAGGAAACUAUGGUCAAAGAUCAUCGGACCUUUUUCGAGAUUCUGCAACAAAACAAGGAAUUUGCAUCCCUAUAGACAUGACGAUAUCAGAGGAUGCCAAAACCGGUGACUACGAAUACAUACUGCAGAUGAUUAAGAAGCAAAGCGCUAUUAAGGUUGUGUAUCUGUUGUUGACAGACAACCAUCUAAAAAUUUUCUUUGAAGUUGCUCAGAAGUUGAAAGAAGAUAUCGGGUAUCUGCAGUUUGUCGCAAGUGACGGGUGGGGAACAAGAUCUUUUGUGGCAUCAGGAAAAACAGUUGCAAAUGGAACAAUUACUUUUCAGGUGGAUCACAGCGAAGUUAGGGAAUUCAGAGAAUAUUUUCUCAAACUCAAGCCUGCAACAAACAAAAGAAAUGUUUGGUUUGAGCAGUUCUGGGAGGAAACGUUUAACUGUACGUUUAAGAACUCAACAGUCCAGAAAGCCUGCACAGGUGACGAAGAACUUACGGACGGAGUAGGUUAUUACAGCCAGACACCAGUCCUAUCAGUUAUAAAUGCCAUGUAUGCAUAUGCCUAUGCGUUUAAAAAAGUAAUUUGGUAUGAAUGCCUGAUAACAAACAAAACAGUCGAUUACUGCAGCAAGAAUAAGACCAUGCUACAAAAGCUUACUAGUUACAGGGCAAUACUAUCCCAUGUACGAGAAACGCAGUUCAAGGAGCCAUUCAGGAACAAAAUCUUUAAAUUUUCAGCAUCAGGGGACUACGAUGAAGAUUACAAAAUCUACAACUUUCAAAUGCCAAACAACACAACUCAAGGAAUAUUUAAAGAAGUAGGGAGGUGGAACAACGUUGACAACAAAACAGUGGUAUUUAGAAAUACUGUGCAAAACUUUCCCCUUCAACCAGAGACGUGGCGCCUGAACAUUGAUGCUGAUAGAAUAGGCUGGAAAUCUAACGCAUUGCCAGUUUCAGUCUGUAGUAGACCAUGUGAUCCGGGACACGUCCAGCAUUUCAGAUCAGCCUGCUGCUGGACCUGUGUUGCAUGUAAAAGAAAUGACGUCAUAAGGAACAACACUUGCCUGUCCUGUCAUCUGACGGCAGCACCAGACCCCUCAAGGAGAUACUGCAACGCAUUGCCUGUAAAAACUAUUGCUAUGUACAAACACAUAUCGGUAACUAUUCUCUCCGUUUCAAUCCUCGGAAUAUUUGCUACGUCUGCAGUAGGGGCCUUGUUCUUGAAGAACUUCGACCGGCGCAUCGUCAGGGCAUCAAGCCGUGAAUUAUGCCUUCUAAUGCUUCUAGGCAUAAUUUGUGCGUAUGCCUCUCCAAUCGCUUUCAUUAUCAAACCCAGUUCAAUGGUCUGCAACUCACAACGAGUAAUUGUUGGCAUUGGUUUAACUUCGUGCUACGCGCCGCUGCUGUUGCGGACAAACAGGAUUUAUAGGAUUUUCAAGAGUGCCAAGACCACAGCCUCUUGUCCGUCCAUGAUCAGCCCUCGAUCUCAAAUUGCCAUGUCAAUGGGGACCUCAGGAAUCGGCCUUUUGAUCGGCCUCGUAUCGAUUCUUGGGCGUGAUUCACAGAUAAACACUGCAUACCCAAGUCACAGGGAAUUCGUCGUUCAGUAUUGCGAGUUAAAUGCACAGACGAUGAUCGUUAACUUGUCCUUUAGCUCAGCCUUAAUGAUUGCUACAACAUGGUUUGCCUUCAAAACGAGAAACUUCCCAAAGAACUAUAAUGAAGCAAAGUACAUUGGGUUGACAAUGUACGUUACAUGCCUUGUUUUGGCAGUUGUAUUGCCGCUGUUCCUGUUUAUAAAUGACGAAGAAGGGAAAUCACGUACAUUGACUUUAUGCUCCCUUUGUUUGAUAACAGCAUCAGUCAACUUGCUUGGACUGUUUGGCAAUAAAGUGAAACUGCUUGUGUCGAAAAAUGCCGUCGAAAUAGAUACAAACAUUGCGACGUUGGAAACCACAAGAACCAAUAUGCAAAGAAUUGGAGUUACGGUCAGUUUUAAUGACAAGACUGAAUUUAAGGGUGAAACAAGCUGUGAUCGGACAACAAUUACGCCAACCGCGUAACUGUGCUCGAAAUUUCAGAAGAACGAUACUGGGCUUAGUUGAAGCAUCAUUUUGCAAUCAGUAACCAUCUAUAAUAAACUGAGCCCUAAAAUGAACAGAAAGUUAAGAAACCAUAGUACUUAUCUCCUCAUCCUUAAGAAACUGCUCGAAAAACUUUGUUUUAAAGAUGGGUUUGAAUGAUUCUUCUCUGCGAUUAGGCACCAAUUUUCUGUUUGACAAAGAUGAACAAAAGAAGUGUUUCUUUUGACUUUGUAGGUGUUCUGCUUCGUUUUGUCUCACGUUAAAUGUUUAUUUCUCUAUAAAGUAUCUCUCAAUGAUUUGGUAUUUAAGGCAACUUUAAGAAACUUUUAACAUUGAAAUUAACAAAAGGAACUGCGUGCUUAUCCCGAGUUCAGUUUCCUAUAAAAAUGAAUUACACAGUUAAACAUGUCAUUGGUUGUUAAGAUAGAACUAUAGCCUUUUAGCAAACAAGUAUUGAUGAUAUGAAUGCUGUCCACCCGGCAUCUUAGCUUACUUUGUACCAAAAUGGUAAUGAGCUAAUGAGGUAUAGGCAGCGAUGAUCACAAAAACCUUCUUCUCCUCAUAUAUAAGAAGAGGCAUAUAAAAAUACUACUGGGAUGUAAUUUGAGUUUCUUUUUCAUUUACGAAAUACUUCACAUCAAUAAACUGCAUCUCAAAGAUCUUUAUCCUGCCAUCAUUAUUGGAUAAAUAUGAAAUUUCUAAAAAGUCUAACAAGAAUAUGUUAUAGCAAUACAUGAAUAACCAGUAAAAAAAAUUACCCCAGUGACUGCAAAAAACUGAAACAACACACAAACUUACUGAAAAAUAUUCAGUACAGACAUCUAAGUCAUUUACCAAAAAAUACUUUUAAAAGGACGAAAUCUUUUAGGAUUGAUUUUGGAAUGGCUACAUUUUAUUGUAUUUUAUCACCAAAUCGAAAACCUCACUGAAAAGGACUUAAUAAGACAUUCAAGUGCUUCAUAAAGACAUGAAAACUGUUCGAGGCUUAUUUAACUCGUUUUAUUAAAAACAAGAAACAGAGUUUAUAAAUCCUUUAGAAUACCAUGGAAAUAAGCAAGCUGUUUCUUGUAUUACACGGGAUCUAUAACGUCUGUUUGUCCAAAAUAUAUUUUGGAAUGUCAUAUGUAUAUAUCUUAUUUUAGAAGGAAGGAUAAAUUUAUAUACCAAAAGCUAUACCUCGGACACUACAAC